AUGGGCCUGGCAACAGUCACAUCAGCUACAGGACACAGUUCCAACCCGCUUGCUGGUGUAAACGCCAACAUUUUAGGCCUGGCUCACACUGCCAUAGGGGCCAGAGUUGCAGAGCCUGUGCAACUAUCAGGUCAAAGUAGGCAUGUCAAAACUCACCCUAGCAACAGAUGCACUCGAGGUUUUUCUGUACGAAUUAAGUCCAUUUUAUCUAUUUGGAUCGACGCUUCGACCUGGCCUGCCCGUAACCCAAGGCUGGGCUUCCUUUCUCAACGGAUGCGUUCAAGUUCUGGCAAUCAGAGACAGACUUGCCGGUUGGAGAAAGUAGGGCUUGUUUACAUGAGUGAGGCUAAAUGUGAAAUAUCAGUGACAAGAAGGAGCAAUUCUCCGAAUGGUUGGCAGGACUUUUAUGCAAAUGACGGUCGGUUGAUGUGA